GCUUACUUGCUAGUGCUAACCAUACAAAAUGUUCUUACACAAUGAGAUGAGCGAAAGCAGAGGAGUUGCUUAGACAAAGAGAAGUGACCAACCAUUUUUUUAUUACAUAGAGAAAGAUCGGAAACAGAUUAUUAAUUAGGGUAAAUCAUGUUCAAAGAGCUAUGAUGGCAGAAGAAACCAAACCAAAUAACAAAAUGAUGCAGUAUGGAAAUAAACUAUGUACGUUGAUGCUCUCAUUAAAUAAAAAAAGACUAGAGAAUUUUAUCAACACAAUCGCCAGAUAGUCCUCUUCCCUUGCUGUUGCUUGAUCAGCUUCUUUAAAAACGUCCCAUCUUUGGAUAAAAUGUUCCAUUGUUUGCAAGUAUAUCGGAUAUUUCUCAGAGACCUCAGCGGAACCCUAGAGAGGAUCUCCUUUACCAGAUCUGGUGGAAGAUCGGAAAGUAUCGUCAUCAAAUGGAUUUUUUUUUUUUGAUGUAACCCACAAAUUAAGGUAGGUUUGUUUACCUUUUCCUCUGUAUCAGAUCAUUUCCCCUAUGAAACUGCGCCAAUUGUGGGCUCAUUUGUGGGCCAAGACAAAACCGGUUUAAAGUUAAUAAUUAAACCGGUUUGGCUGGCAUUGGUGAACCGAUAUAUAAACCGAUUUCCUUCCAAAAACGCUAGUGGAGAAAUCUGUUUCCUUCUUAUUAACUGAAACGCGCGAGGAGAAACUUCUUCAGCGGAUCGAACAAUAAUGGGUUGGAUCGGAGAAACAGUGGAUUCCAUCAAAUCAAUCAAGAUCCGUCAGCUUCUCACUCAAGCCGUCACACUCGGUAUGAUAGUGACGUCGGCAUUGAUAAUAUGGAAGGCUAUGAUGUGUGUGACUGGCACUGAAUCUCCUGUAGUUGUUGUUCUCUCUGGAAGCAUGGAACCUGGCUUUCAGAGAGGGGAUAUAUUGCUCUUGCGCAUGACCAAGGACCCCAUUAGAACAGGCGAGAUUGUUGUUUUCAAAAUUGAUGGUCGUGAUAUACCCAUCGUCCAUCGUGUCAUUGAAGUUCAUGAGAGGAAAACUACUGGAAAAGUUGAUGUUCUAACAAAAGGUGACAACAAUGAUGUGGAUGACAUCGAUCUUUACGCUGAUGGACAAAUGUGGCUUCAUCGCCACCAUAUAAUGGGCAGAGCUGUUGGGUUCUUGCCUUAUGUUGGAUGGGUGACUAUUAUCAUGACAGAAAAGCCUAUCAUCAAGUAUAUACUCAUUGGUGCAAUGGGUCUGCUCGUUAUAACAUCUAAAGACUGAAACAACAUACAUAAAGACGAAUCUAUGGUGGAGAAGUGGCUUCUGCAAUUGCAACCCUCAUCAUCUUUUGUAGUUUCAUGUCCUUAAACCGAAUAACAAAACAAAGUUCAUAAUUGAACCUUAGAUUCUUAUAAGCUAUUUUUAUAAUUUAUAUAGUUUUUGUGACAGUUUUCUUUAA